AUGCCCUACCUCCCCACUUCCCAGGCCUACCUGGAACAAUCCGCGCAGUUAUUACAAGCCUACCCAGACACGACCCGAAUCGUAACAAAAUACAACUUCCCAAGCACACGCCCCGCCAACCAAAAACGCAUCCAGAAAUCCCAAAAGAACCCCAAAGCCGGCGAUGCAUCAACCCCAACCGUGCCAAUCGCGUCCCUCACAUUGAAAACAUUCAAUCCUACCACGGGGAUCUGUCUGCACUACCGCACGAAUAAGGCACAGGAAGUUAGUCGGCUGAUUACGAGCCUGGGCAAGCUGGCUGCUGGUGCGGACGUUGCGGGGUUGGGGUUGUCGAGUGGGACUGGUGAUGUGGAGAUGGUUGAUGCUCCGGUGACUGCUCCUGCGGCUGGGACUGAGGAGGUUGGUGGGAAAGGGCAGGGGCAGCAGCAGGGACAAGGGAAGAAGAAGAAGGGUGGGAAGGGGAAGAGGUAA